UUCCUGCGAGACAAUGACCAACACAAAGCAGAGGGGUUCUCUCCGUCUCAUACCUUGCUGCAUAUGAUUCUAAUAGCCGAGGAUGCGAAGCGUCUAAGCCAUUUGAAUCAAGAAUCUCCACCUUUUGAUUCUUUUCUCUGACUAUAUGAACAACGUCCCUUCCUCCACUACCUAUAUUGUACAAGAGAACAAACGUUUUUACUGCUUUGAGCCAGGAGGUGGAUUCCAUCCGUCGUUCAGCGUUAUUAGCUGUGUACAUUUGCAUACAUGUAUAUUCAGAUUGAAAGCCCUACUCUUCAAGUUGGCCCAAGCUCUUGAGUAACUCUUCGGCUAAGCUGGCCGGUGCACAACUACGAGUUUUCAUUCACGUUUAAUAGCAGAACGGAACUUGCAUGGUUAAGUCACACACGGAGACCUGCGGUCGACACCAUCAGUGAAUAGUGGGACCCACAUACUGUCUCCAUUACCUCACAAGUCGAAAUGGACUUAACAUGUAUAAUGUCAGCUACAGAAAUACGCUAGAUUCGAGUUACCAAAUGCUCUCAACGUGUCUGUGUGGAGUUGGAGACUUUUUACACUAACAAGGAAGUCUGGCGAACGGCUAAUUCAGGAACCACGGUUCACCGUCUCUUCAGAUGAAGACCACGUUUACAUGCUGAUUGAAAUCCCUCGUUCACCGUAGGAAAUCAUUUCGUUUGAAAUACACUUGCCUUUGGAUUAUGUCUGAGAAGUAUCAUAGUUGUGUAAUCAGUUACCAGAGCAAGUCACCAUUUUUUCUGCAAAAGACGUACGGUACCAGGCAGUCACUAGGUAGUUCCUCAUGAAUGUGACCAAGAAAGGAGGGGGCAGGUCCCAGGCUCCCACCGUUGAGCAGAUCAAUGCCGAUAUCCUGACACAGCUGGCCAGUGAGUAUUGGGCACCACACAGCCAUCUCCCCAGGAGGCCCUUUGAUCCCAAGGUGAUUGAAGAUGUCUACCAGAAAGAGCUCAUCCAAAACAGGUUUGCGAUUCGCCGAGUCAUGCUCCUUGAGUUCAGCCAAUACUUGGAGAAUUACCUCUGGCCCAACUACUCCCCGGACAAGGCCAGUAAAACCCAUGUCAUCUCCAUCCUGGUCAUGAUCAACGAGAAGUUCAGGGAGGGCGUUCAACCAUGGGAGGCAUGCAAGGCUAAGCCAGAGCACUUUGCCGGGUUCUUCCGUCACGUCAUGGAGCUCUGUCUCGAGGAGGAUGCAGCCUUGGUGGGCAUCAAAGAGCAGACCAUUCUCAUGGGCUUCCUGAUCCACUGCUUCAAUAGUCUGGAGGUUGAUCUGAUUAGGGAACAGGUCCAACGCCUUGUUUCUCUGCCCAUGUGGGUCUGUCUGCUGCCAGGACGACUUGAGAAAGAGCUGCAGGCAUAUCCUAAGUACAAAAAAUUCUGGAAUAUUAUCAAGAAGUCUGAUGCUAAGGCUGAUGAGAAAACAAAAGCAAAGAAUGACUUUGAGAGGAAGUUCCUUUCACAGUUGAUACAGCGGUUCUACAGGAUUCUGGACUCAAUUCCAGAAACAGGCAGUGUUCAAGCCAGCACAGUCCACUAUUGUGAGAGAUUUGUGGAGCUCGCGGUAGAUUUAGAGGCACAGCUUCCCACCAGACGCUUUCUCAAUGUUGUCUUGGAUGAUAGCCACGUGGUGGUACGGUGUCGCCUCUCCAAGCUGGCCUUGCGGAAGGAGGGUAAACUCUUCAACCAGCUUCUGGACAUGCUUGCCUUCUACACCGGUUUUGAGAUCUCCGAUUCCACUGGCACCGCUCUUACUGACCACCAGAUGACUGACCUUCAUUACGAUAAGAUGAGCUCCUUGCAGAGGGCAGCGUUCAAGUUGUUUGAGGACCUUCGGAGGUUCUCUCUGUCCAACGUGGCCAGCGUGGACACCCGGAAGGCUCUGUCUAGUCAUUUUGAGAAGCUCACUACCAGUCAGCUGCACCAGUUUGCUGCUCAUCUUCACCUCCUACCCCCGCUCCCAGAAGGCACCGAGACAGUGUAUGAGAAGGAGUUCCUUCUAGAGCUAAUGGUGUCGAGGCAUGAGCGCCGACAAUCUCAGAUACAAGUCCUAAAUGAGACUCCACUCUACCCAACGGAGGAGGUGUUAUGGGACGAGAAUGUGGUCCCCACUGAGUAUUUCUCAGGAGAAGGUUGUCUGGCCCUACCCAAGCUGAACCUGCAGAUGCUGACCCUCCAUGACUAUCUGCUCCGAAACUUCAACCUCUUCAGAUUGGAAUCCAUGUAUGAAAUUCGGCAGGACCUUGAGGAUGCGAUCUUGCGUAUGAAGCCCUGGAUUGCUGAAAACGGGGAAACCUUCUUUGGCGGCUGGGCUCGCAUGGCACAGCCAAUUGCAGCCUUCUCUGUUGUGGAAGUCGCCAAGCCCAACAUUGGUGAGAACCACCCGGCCAGUGUGCGCGCUGACGUGACCAUCACGCUCAAUCUCCGGCAACAGAUCAAGCAGGAAUGGGAAGCUCUUCGCAAGCACGAUGUAGCCUUCCUCAUCAGCGUCAGGCCCACCAAGAAAAUCGGCACCAAGUUUAACUUGAGAGAGGAGCACUUCAUCGAGGCGGUCGGCCUAGUUCAUGUGCGGGGCUGUGAGGUGGAAGGAAUGCUGAAUGAAGAAGGCCGAGUUAUCGAAGAUGGUCCUGAGCCCAGGCCAGAGUUACCUGGUUCCCAGCGUACCUACCGCGUGUGGUUGGAUCCCAAUCAGUACCAGCAGGACAUGGCCGGUACUGCUGCAGGCGGGGAGGAUGUGUACGAGUCGUUCAACAUCAUCAUGAGAAGGAAGCCAAAAGAGAACAAUUUCAAGGCUGUUCUGGAAACCAUUCGUAACCUGAUGAACACGGACUGCGUCGUCCCUGACUGGCUGCAUGACAUCAUCCUGGGCUAUGGUGACCCCGGGGCCGCCCACUACUCCCAGAUGGAGCACCGCACCCCGACGCUGGACUGGAAUGACACCUUCCUCAGCUUGGACCACCUCAGGGCCAGCUUCCCCGACCACGACGUCAAGGUCACCACGGAGGACCCUGCCAAGCAGAAACCACCGUUUAGGAUUACCUUCCCGGUCACUCCUGGUGGAGGAAAGAAACGUAAACAACCGGGCGAUGAUGGCACGGAGCAGAAACAAUUGGUUGUCGAGCCUCAUGUGAUUCCCAACAGAGGCCCCUAUCCUUACAACCAGCCCAAAAGGAAUGCCAUUCCCUUCACACCUACGCAGAUUGAAGCCAUCAAAGCUGGCAUGCAACCAGGCCUGACCAUGGUUGUUGGUCCACCGGGAACGGGCAAGACUGACGUGGCCGUCCAGAUCAUUUCCAACAUUUACCAUAACUUUCCUUCACAAAGGACGUUGAUUGUCACACACUCCAACCAGGCCCUGAAUCAGUUGUUUGAAAAGAUCAUGGCGUUGGACAUCGAUGAGCGACACUUGCUACGUCUUGGCCAUGGGGAGGAAGCUUUGGAAACAGAGAAGGACUUUAGCAGAUAUGGCCGUGUGAACUAUGUCUUAGCACUUCGCUUGGAGUUACUCAAAGAGGUGGAGAGACUACAAAGAAGUCUAGGUGUCAUUGGAGAUGUUUCUUAUACAUGUGAGACUGCAGGCCACUUCUUCUUGUACCAGGUGGUUGCCAGAUGGGAGAAGUUCUUGAGUAAGGUGAAGCCGAGCGCGGGAGGCAAGACUGGGAGUACCGAAGCCAUCCAGGAACACUUUCCCUUCCACAAGUACUUUGAGAAUGCUCCUCAGCCAGUCUUCAGGGGACGGACAUUUGAAGAGGACAUGGACAUAGCAGAGGGAUGCUACCGGCAUAUUAAGAAGAUUUUCCAGCAGCUUGAGGAGUUCCGUGCCUUUGAGUUGUUACGGAGUGGGCUGGAUCGUUCCAAAUAUCUGAUGAUCAAGGAGGCGAAGAUCAUUGCCAUGACCUGCACGCAUGCCGCCCUCAAGAGGCACGACCUGGUCGACAUCAAUUUCCAGUAUGACAACAUCCUAAUGGAGGAGUCAGCUCAGAUUCUGGAGAUAGAGACCUUCAUCCCUCUACUCCUGCAGAAUCCAGAGGACGGUUUCAGUCGGUUGAAACGCUGGAUCAUGAUUGGGGAUCACCACCAGCUGCCACCUGUCAUCAAGAAUAUGGCCUUCCAGAAGUACUCCAACAUGGAGCAGUCGCUCUUCACACGGUUUGUCCGCCUUGGCGUGCCCACCGUGGAUCUGGAUGCCCAGGGUAGAGCCAAGCCCAGCAUUGCCACGCUGUACAAUUGGCGCUAUAAGAAGCUGGGUAACCUCCCUCAUGUCCACCUGAUGCGGGAGUUCCACAUGACCAACCCCGGCUUCCAGUUUGACUUCCAGCUGAUCAACGUUGAAGAUUUCAAUGGCGUCGGGGAAUCAGAGCCCAAUCCCUACUUCUACCAGAACCUAGCUGAAGCUGAGUAUGUGGUGGCAGUCUUCAUGUACAUGAGGCUCCUGGGGUAUCCGGCCGAGAAAAUCAGCAUAUUGACAACGUACAAUGGGCAGAAGCACCUGAUCCGUGAUGUCAUCAAUCAGCGGUGUGCCAGCAACCCUCUGAUUGGCCAGCCCAGCAAGGUGACUACGGUGGAUAGGUUUCAGGGCCAACAGAAUGACUACAUCCUCCUGUCGUUGGUCAGAACGAGAGCUGUAGGUCACCUCAGGGAUGUUCGUCGCCUGGUUGUAGCCAUGUCCCGUGCUCGCCUCGGCCUGUAUGUCUUUGCCAGGGUUUCGCUUUUCCAGAACUGUUACGAGCUUUCUCCAACUUUCAACCUGUUACUAGAGCGCCCUCUGCAGCUUCACCUACAGGUUUCACCGAGUGAAAUGUACCCACCCACUAAGAAGGUAGACGAGCCUCGCUAUGAGCCACCCUUGGUCAUUCGUGACAUGCCCCAAAUGGCACGGUUUGUCUAUGACUUCUACCAGGAUGAGAUCAGGAUUCUUCAAGCCAAGCAUGGGUAUCAAAGACAAAUGCAAGCGCAGCUGGUCAAACCGCCCGUCUCCCGAGAUCCUUGUCCGGUCAAGCCAGCGACUCCCGAGCGGCCAGAAUCUUCUGGAAGGCCGGACGACCAGGAGCCGUCAGAAGGGGAGUCUGAGGACAAAGGGGAAGAGCUGGCGAAGGAAGUGAGUGACGACGUGGCGGCGACCGGAGGAGAGACAGGAGAGGAAGAUAAGGAGGAAAACAUGGAAGCCGUGGAGACCAAGGAGCGUUAGUUGGGGACAAAAGAGAAAAAAACAGGAAGCCGUGGAGACCAAGGAGCGUUAGUUGGGGACAAAAGAGAA